AUGGCCGGUUCCUCCAACAACUACACCAACAACAACAAUUCCGACAUGGAGACCAAGCAGAAAGGUAUGAAGAAGAAGGUGAAGGUGGAUGCGACGGUUCAACGUGACUCGGGCGGCUACCCAGCGCAAAAGGAGAACGUCGACGCAUGGUAUAACGUCAAGCAGUGUGGUUAUUGCAAAUUGAAGUCUGGGAGCUUCAAACCACAUCCGUACGUCUAUUCCUUCCACAUGUGCUCACGAUGCAGAUUUAUGACGAACAAGGUCAACAGCUUUGUCAACGACACCACCACGCACUACUCUUAUAUCCCAGACCCGAUGGCAGAGGAAGACAACAACAUGGAAGCAAUGCCAGCUGAAACUCAACAACCU